AUGUUCAAUGACGAGCGGGCACAGUGGAAGAUCGCCGCGAGGCUGGAAAAGAAACGCCUAUUGGUAGCAGUCAACUGCCUCGCUGGCCUUGCAAUCUUCUUUUUCGGCUAUGAUCAAGGGAUGAUGGCUGGAGUCAAUGACUCCAAAUCCUACGUCGAGCGGAUGGGGCUGGGUUACGAGAAAAAUGGAUCAAUAACGGUCACCAACACUCUCUUACAGGGAGGUAUCGUCUCAGUCUACUAUUUGGGGACUUUGGUUGGAUGCUUUAUGGGUGGGUAUGUCAGUGAUCGAUUCGGUCGUAUCAUGUCCCUUGCAUUUGGUGCUGCCUGGGGUAUCCUUGGAGCUGCAUUUCAGUGUACAGCGAUGAACCCCGAGUGGAUGAUCAUAUCUCGUCUCAUUAACGGCAUAGGAACUGGAAUUCUCAAUGCUACAGUCCCAGUGUAUGGCUCUGAGCUUGCGGAUUACGAGUCUCGUGGCAUGUUCAUCGCCAUGGAGUUCACUUUGAACAUUGUAGGUGUGGUGGUGGCUUACUGGUUAGGGUUUGGGCUUCGCUACAUCGACAACGGGACAUCCGAGUUCCAGUGGCGAUUCCCUAUUGCUUUCCAGAUUGUCAUGCUGCUCUUGCUAAUUACCGGCUGCUGGUUCUUCCCUGAGUCGCCUCGCUGGCUUUGCAUGACGGGCCGUCAGGACGAGGCGGUUUACGUUCUCAAGCGCCUUCGUGGGUCUGAGAACGAACAUGCAGCCAUGGUAGAAAUGAGAGAGAUUGAAGCUGUUGUCCGGCUUGAGGCAGAAUCGGAGGAGAAGACCACCUACUUCCACAUGCUAUUUGGCAUUGAUCAAGGAGACUUGCACAUUGCGCGACGUGUUCAGCUAGUGAUCUGGCUACAGAUUCUGCAAUGCUGGUCUGGCAUAGCUGGCGUCACCAUGUAUGCACCAACUAUCUUUCAAAUCGCCGGGUUCGAUUCCGAGAAAACAAUGUGGAUCUCAGGGCUGAACAAUAUCUUCUACGCAUUCGCAACCCUCAUUUGUGUUGUCACUAUUGACCGGAUUGGUCGCCGUUGGACCCUCUGGUGGGGAGCAGCAGGACAAGCAGUUGCCAUGUUCCUCGCAGGUGGUCUGGCUCGUGGUGGAAUUAAUAACCCAGACAACCAGGGACCGUGGGGAGUUGCAGCAACAUCGAUGGUCUAUUUGUAUACCUUCGUCUUUGGUGCUACCUGGCUCACCGUUCCAUGGCUUUAUCCAGCAGAGAUCUUCCCGCUCAAGGUUCGAGCCAAGGGUAAUGCUUGGGGUGUUGUUGGCUGGAGUUUGGGAAAUGGAUCAUUGACUCUAGUUCUUCCAUACAUUUUUGCAGCCAUUGGAGAAAAUACGCUGCACGUAUUUGGCGCUGUAAAUAUCAUCAGCAUACCAAUUGUAUGGGCUUUCUAUCCUGAAUCUAGCCAGCGAACACUCGAAGAAAUUGAUAUGCUUUUCGCUGCAGAGUCUCCAUUUACCUGGGCAGCCGAAGCGAAAUUCAAGACACUCAUUGCAGAACAUCCAGAUAUCGGCGGCGCUCAUCAGCGUCACUCCGUUUUUGAAACCGAGAAGGGCUUAUAUGGUGUCGACACUGAGCACAAAGAAACAGUUUCCCACAAUUAG